AUGAUACACCUUCCAGACGAGAUCUGGGUCCAGAUCUUCUCUCACUUCGAGGCCUUCCUCCCCAAAGACAAAUGGUGGAUGUACGAUGAGCAAGGAGACAACUCCUCUCGGAAGACGCUAAUUUCCAUCUCCCUCGUUUCGACGCACUUCCAUUGCUUGGCACAGCUUCUCAUUUACCUAUCCGUCCUCCUCGGCGAAGGAGAAUACAAGAGGGACUGGAAUAAAGAACAACUCACCCGCACGCUGGCGAUUUCCCCGGAGCUCGGGUUCAACACUCGCACAGUCAGUUUUGAUGACUGCAGGGCACCGAUGACCACUGGUUUCGUUUCCAUGUUACAAACGCUUUUACCAUCUCUCGACUUGGGCACUGCCAUGCGAAGGCACAUGGAAAUUGAGCUUGAGAAGUCAAGAGACGACCCCAACGUUCACAUGGACGUCGGAAUUGCUGUAGCCAUGCUCGCCCUGAUGCCUCGCAACACUGAUUAUGAGGGCUCACAUGAAGAGGAAGAUGGGGUGAUAGAGGGGUUUCGCAGUGAUAAGGCUGGGGUCAAAGGCUCUCAAGACCUUUCAAGAUCAUCGUUUGCCAACUAUGGUCUGCCCAAUCUCGAAGAACUACGUCUGCGAACUGCCGAUUACAGGUACGGAAGCACACCUAUCCACUGCGUCGAGGCCGCCCUGUUGCACGCGAAUCUGAAAACUCUGCGCCUGCUCGGAAGCAACUGGCUCCAUAGGAGCCUCAAAUUGCUCAAGUGGCCCAAAGAGCCCUGCGGCUUCCAGUUCCUCGAGCUGAGGGAGAGCCUGGUGGAGGCAUCAAGCCUCAGGCACAUCCUGACGCGCCUCACGAGCCUUCGAACUCUGAUCAUCCACAUAGGCGACGGACGCAGGCAUGACGAGGACGACCAAUGGGCUUUGAUGCUGGACGAGUUCGGCUCGAUCUUGAGGAAGCUGGGCCAGGAUCUGGUGGAGCUGAGCCUGCAUACCAACAACUCCAGUGACUACCUCGACGGGACUGGCGAGUACGAGGGCUACCUUGGCUCUCUCAUAGAGUUGCGAUCCCUCAGCCACCUCAGCGUCGUCAUCCAACACCUUGUGGACGAUUUCACCCAGCGUGAGUAUCGGGAGGAAGUCCCGGCGCUGGCUGGCAUCUUGCCGCCUUCGCUCGAGACGCUGCAUCUGCACUACGAUGGCAUGGACUGGGAUACUCGGGAGGAGUAUACACACCGCUGUAGUUUCGUCAACGGCGCUGUGAGGAAGUUGCUUGAGCACGGGCAGAUGCACAACCUUCGACGGGUCAGUAUUGAGAGGUACUUCAACUACUCCCUGGAGGGUGAGUUCGACGGGCAGGUAGCCGGGUGGGAUAUGACGGUUGAGAAUGUGCAUCUAGAUGUGCGAAUGUCGUAUAGCACUUCGCGGUUUCGGCAAACCAUGGUCACUUUCACAAGGAGAGGAUGA